AUGGCCAGUUUGCACUACGAAACCAAGUACGACGAAUCUGAAGUGUUUUCCAUCGCUGGGAAAGCUUUGAAACUGACUUCAGCAUCAGAUAUUGAGCCUCAUCUGGAGGAGCUGGGCAAGUUGACAAAAUGCAGCAAAUUGGAUCUGUCCGGCAACACCAUCGGCGCUGAUGCUUCCAAAGCGCUUGCACAAUUCAUCGAGACUCACGACUCGGUUUACAAGAACGUGAGGGAGAUCAAUUUCGCCGAUUUGUACACUUCAAGAUUGGUCGACGAAGUGGUGGAUUCUCUCGGAUGCCUGUUGCCAGCCCUGUUGAAAUGCGAUCGCCUGGAAAUUUUAAACCUCUCGGAUAAUGCGUUUGGUUUGAGAACUAUUGAUAUCCUGGAGAAUUUCAUUGCCAGUGCUACCCAUUUGAAGCACUUGUUGCUAAGUAACAAUGGCAUGGGUCCAUUUGCCGGUGAAAGGAUUGGGAAGGCGCUUUUCCAGCUGGCUCAGAACAAGAAGCGGAAGAACGAACCCUUUUUGGAGACUUUUAUCUGUGGUAGAAACAGAUUGGAGAACGGCUCCGCUUUGUACUUGGCAUUGGGUUUGAAAAGCCAUGGAGACGGGUUGAAGAGCGUUAAGCUGUAUCAAAAUGGUAUCAGACCGAGAGGUGUGGCUACUUUGAUCCACUAUGGUCUGAAAUUCAACAAGAAUCUGCAAAUUUUGGAUAUGCAGGAUAAUACCUUCACCAAAUCUGCAUCCUCGAUCUUGGCUGACAACCUACCCGCUUGGAAGGACACUCUACGGGAGCUGAAUAUCAACGAUUGUUUGUUGAAAGGUCAGGGAGCAAGUGAAGUCUUCAAGAUCUUUAAUGAUCACAAAUUCGAAAAGUUAGAAAGCUUGAGGGCAAAUUAUAAUGAAAUGACACAGGAAACGGUUGAAGAGCUCCUUGUUCCAGCUCUGCAAAAGGGUAAUCUACCCAAGUUGAAGGACUUGGAGAUUAACGGGAAUAGGCUGGAUGAGGACUCGGAAGCUUUAGACACCCUACAGGAACUGUUUGAAGAGUUGGAACUAGAUGAUUUGGAGGAGUUAGAUAGCGACGAGGAGGAAAGUGAGGAAGAAGAGGACGAAGACGAGAAAUUACAGGAGAUAGAAACGGAAAUCAUGGAGAAACAGUUGUUGGAACUAUCUGUCGAGCAUCUAACUGAAGAUUUAUCAAAAACCCGUAUUUGA